CUCCUUUCGUUCUACCGAGGUCCGCAAAGCGGGAACAUGAAUCUUAUUGUGUGAGUCACAAUGCUUCUGGAGUUGUGUGAAAACUGGACCGGGGCCACGGGCCUCGGACCCACAUCUCUGCAUUUCACCUGGGACCAAACUAGCGAUGAGAACGCUUAAAAGAAAAUUCAGCUUCAACACUCAUUUCAAAUUUAGUGUGAAUAUUUCGAACACUCCAGAUUCCCACAUCGCAAUUAUUCCACAACGUUUUUCAUUGAUCAUGACGAAUAUUUCAAACUCAUCAAUUAAAUACAACCCCCUCUUUCCUCCUCAACCUACCAAUAAUACUCCAGCGAAAUUCUCACAGUUCAGGAGAUUUCCACCAGAAGUGCAAGCCAUUAUUUUUGAGUUUGCCACGGCAAAUGAGGAGCCAAGGUUUCUGGAGCUGUUCACUAAGACACGGCAGGCAGAACAGCAAAGGGAUCUAAAGAUUCGCCAUCAAGUCCCUGCGCUGCUGCAUGUCAGUCGCGAAGCUCGAAGAUGGGCGAAAAAAUAUUACAUCAAGUUGAUGGGUACAAGCAGAUGUUACCUUGACCCGAGAAAGGAUGUCGUCUUCAUGCAAAAUACAAUUGUUCCAAAGAUGUACAAUUCGUGGAUUCAACAUCAAGCGAAGAACGGUCGAUCUUACAGUAUGGAGCUGGAAAAACAGGUUCGAUACGUCGUGGUUGGCGGAGAAACUGAAUAUCCAUCGCUUGCAGAUCUGACUAAUUGCGGAUUCUCGAAUCUUGAGAAAAUCGUUUUGCAGAAACAGACAGGGGGGCUUAAUUCUCGACAGCAAGCGCACUUGUCGCAGAAUUCAUGGGUGCGCAAUGAACAAACUCCUCAAGAUGUGUGGCGCUAUACCAGUGCUUGCCCGGACAAAAGGUCUGAGGUCGAGUUUCUUGAAGCAGUGGACUUGAACAAGGAGGUACGUAAUUCCGAAGGAGCCCAAGAAAUCUAAAACUAAUUAUUUCAUACAUAAUAGACUAUUCUUGAGACGUUUGGGCUCCGUAACUCUCCUCUAGGCGACGCGGCAGAAAAUGAGGAUAACAACUCUCAACCUGGAGCUACCCCUCGAGCAGAAAAUCAGGAGGGCAAUGACUCAGAUGACCUUGAUCUCCCCAAGGGCGACAACAAAGGAGUAGAUGAUCUUGAUCACGUCAAUCUUCGCUUAGGCCCUGAACAUGAUUCACGUCCUUUCCAGCAUCAAACCAGUCACACCCAUGAGCCGGAGGACAUACUGCAUGGCGCAACUCAACUCGUUUCAAGCCCUCAACACGAUCUUCCCUUUUUCCGAUAUGCGAAGCUCCCCCAAUACAAUAUUAUAGAAGUCAUACCGGACAACAUCGAGUUGGAUGACAAGGAACCCGGCUCUCCUAACUAUCCAGAAACAGAAGAAGAAUUCGCUG